UUCUCAAGCUCUUCCCGGAACCCAUCCCUCCAUUGUCCUUCCAUACUUCCCAUGGCACGCACUGCCCGUUUCACCGGCCUGGCAAGCGGCGCUCAUGCCAUGCAGACCUUUCCCAACGUCUACUCCGUCGCGGCAUCUCCCACAUGGGCUCCUCCCGAGGCUUCAGAGGAUCAGAAGGCCAUGGACGAGCUCCGCCGUGCGGUGCAAAAGGAGGACUGGGCCAUGAACUUUGAGGAGGGUCUCACCAAGAUCCAAAUGCGCGCGGAGUGGUCUGCCAGUAAGGAUCGUAGUGCGCUGCUGCAGUGGCUCGUGAAGUCCCGCCACGCCAAGCGCGUUUUGGAGAUCGGGAGCUUCUGCGGGGUUGG